AUGGGUAAUCUUCAGUGUGGAAUGACCACAAAUCCAUUCUUCAAGCCCUGGCUGCCUGGAUGGGUUCUUGCGUUUGAGAUAUUCAUCCCCCUGGUGCUCUUCUUCAUACUCCUGGGCUUACGGCAGAAGAAGCCGGCCAUUCCAGUGAAAGAAGCCUUCUACAGCGCGGCCCCUCUCACCUCGGCGGGCAUCAUUCCCAUCAUGCAGUCUUUGUGUCCGGAUGGUCAGCGGGAUGAGUUUGGCUUCCUGCAGUAUAAAAACUCCACUGUGACUCAAUUGUUAGAAAGGAUCAGUGAAGUCGUGGAGCAGAAUCACUUGUUUACGUCAGACAGGCCCAGUCUGGGAGAGGAGCUGGAGUCACUGCAGCAGCACCUUGAAAGUCUGAGCUCAGCACAAGGCCCUCUAGAGAGCCACUACGACACCAGCCACGGUUUUACCGUGGGAAGUGUCCUCAGGAACCAGUCGAUGUUCCAACAGUUCCUGAUCAGAAACCUUUCCCUGACAAAAGACACCGCCAGCCUGCUGCUCUCCUCCCCCAUCAACCUGAAAGAGGUGUAUAAUCUCAUCUUUGGGAUGUAUCCUAAAGUGCCAUCAAAGGUAGGAGAAAAAGAUGAAGGACAGCAUGAACUCCACAGUCCUGGAGAGAAGCUUGUACAGCUGGAGAAGCAGUUACUUGAAGGCUGGCGUAGUCUGGAGGGGGGUCUGAUUCAGAAGGCGUUGAGAGACCCCACUAAAGCUGCUCGCCGUCAAGCUCUGCUCAAAGUCCUGUCCCAGGCCCUGGGGAUCACUGGAGGUGGAGGAGGCCAAAAAUUUGAUCCUCAAGCUCUGCGUGAGGUGGAGGGAAUUCUGUUGACUGGUUCAGUGCUUGAAACACUCACUUGUGGGGAAGGAGGGAACAGUGAGAUGAGCAAAAUCCUAUUGGUCCCUGAGAAACAAGAAGCAGUUUUACAGGCCUAUCGAACGACUGUUUGUGGUGGAAGGGCAGAGCAGAGGGCGGAGCUGUUUAAGGAGAUGAGUGAAGAAUUGAGAGAUCAGAUUGAUACACAGAAGGUCUUUGAUCAGUUGCGUCUGGAGCAGUCUAACAUGUCUGGUCUCUUGGAUCAAUCCCAUCUCGGCGCUCUGCUGAAGAACCUGGCGGAUGUAGAACGACUCCUGAGGGAUGUGGAUUUGCUGUCAGGUCUGGCCAGACUGCUCCCUAAAGGGGCCUGUGCAGGCCACCUGCCUCCUCCUAUAGCCAACACCACGUCCUGGAGCUCCAACACAACAACAUGGGGUCUCAACACAACAGACAGCCCUGUGGAGGAAGGAGGCAGAGCUGCAGGAAAUGAGGCCGAUGCCGAAAACCCUAGAUCACAGUUUUCUGCCUUUGUUCAGCUGUGGGCAGGUCUUCAGCCCAUUCUUUGUGGGAAUAACAGAAUUAUUGAGCCAGAAGCUCUGAAACAGGGCAAUAUGAGUUCUCUGGGCUUUACCAGCAAAGAACAAAGAAACUUGGGAUUACUUGUCCAUCUCAUGACCACAAAUCCCAAAAUCCUCUACUCUCCCAUUGGCUCAGAGGUGGACAAGGUCAUACAAAAGGCCAAUGAGACGUUUGCUUUUGUGGGGAAUGUGACUCAUUAUGCCCGUGUGUGGCUCAACAUCUCAGCUGAAUUAAGGGCAUUCCUAGAGGAGGGUAAAUUGCACAAUCACUUGAUGUGGCUCCAGCAGUUCAUUGCAGACCUGAAGAGGCACCAUGACCUGUUGAACGUCUCAGACAGUGAGCUGAUGAACAGUCUGCUGGAGGAGAACUUCACCCUGCCGAACACAACCACACUAUUGGAACAGCUGCACACCAUCGAUAAUGCUGCUUGUGGCUGGACAAAUUUCAUGUCAAAGGUCAGUGUGGAUAUCUUCAGAGGCUUCCCUGAUGAAGAGAGCAUUGUCAAUUACACACUGAACCAGGCCUACCAGGACAAUGUCUCAGUCUUUGCAAGUGUGAUUUUCCAGACCAAUAAAGAUGGAUCUCUGCCACCCCAUGUUAUGUAUAAGAUUCGACAGAACUCCAGCUUCACAGAGAAAACAAAUGAAAUCCGCCGAGCUUAUUGGCGCCCUGGGCCGAACACGGGCGGCAAAUUCUACUUCCUUUAUGGUUUUGUGUGGAUCCAAGAUAUGAUUGAGCGGGCAAUCAUUAACACGUUUGUGGGCCAUGAUGUUGUUGAGCCUGGAAACUACGUGCAGAUGUUUCCCUAUCCAUGCUACACUAGAGACGAUUUCCUGUUUGUUAUCGAGCACAUGAUGCCUCUCUGUAUGGUCAUAUCCUGGGUCUACUCUGUGGCCAUGAUGAUCCAGCACAUUGUAGCAGAGAAGGAGCAAAGACUGAAAGAGGUGAUGAAGAUGAUGGGCUUGAAUAACGCAGUGCACUGGGUUGCCUGGUUCAUCACAGGCUUCGUGCAGCUUUCGAUCUCAGUGACAGCCCUCACUGCCAUACUGAAAUAUGGCAAGGUCCUCCUCCACAGCGAUCCCUUUAUCAUUUGGCUCUUCCUUACAAUCUAUGCUAUCGCCACCAUCAUGUUCUGUUUCCUAGUGUCUGUGUUGUACUCUAAAGCCAAACUGGCUUCAGCAUGUGGAGGAAUCAUCUACUUUCUGAGCUAUGUGCCAUACAUGUACGUGGCCAUAAGAGAAGAGGUGGCUCAUGACAAAAUCACUGCCUUUGAGAAGUGUAUAGCGUCUUUAAUGUCUACCACAGCAUUCGGUCUGGGAUCGAAGUACUUUGCCCUGUAUGAAGUUGCUGGGGUUGGAAUCCAGUGGCGCACUAUCAACCAGUCACCUGUAGAGGGCGAUGACUUUAACCUCCUGCUGUCUAUGGUUAUGCUCACCAUUGAUGCCAUUGUAUAUGGUGUGUUGACUUGGUAUAUAGAGGCUGUGCAUCCAGGAAUGUACGGACUGCCUAGGCCAUGGUAUUUUCCCUUGCAGAAAUCCUAUUGGUUAGGAAGUGGCCGCAUAGAGACGUGGGAGCGGCCAUGGGGUGGCGGCACCAGGCUAAGCGUGAUGGAGGAGGACCAAGCUUGUGCUAUGGAACACAGACGCUCAGAGGAAACUCGUGGAAUUGAAGAAGAACCCAGUCACUUGCCGCUGGUGGUGUGCAUAGACAAACUGACCAAAGUCUACAAGACAGGCAGCAAACUGGCCUUAAACAAGCUGAGCCUAAACCUGCAUGAAAACCAGGUUGUCUCCUUCUUGGGACACAAUGGGGCUGGCAAGACCACCACUAUGUCUAUACUCACGGGACUGUUUCCACCCACCUCUGGCUCUGCCACCAUAUACGGCCAUGAUAUCCGCACAGAUAUGGAGCGCAUCAGGCAGAAUUUGGGCAUGUGUCCCCAGCACAACGUUCUGUUUGACAAGCUCAGUGUGGAGGAACACCUGUGGUUCUACUCGCGUCUGAAGGGCAUGGCUGAAGAAGAUAUCCGGAAGGAGAUGGACAAGAUGAUAGAGGAUCUCGAAUUGUCCAACAAGCGUCACAGUCUGGUUCAGACUCUGUCUGGGGGGAUGAAGAGGAAGUUGUCGGUGGCAAUUGCGUUUGUAGGUGGGUCCCGGGCGGUGAUUUUGGAUGAACCCACAGCAGGAGUCGACCCGUAUGCCCGCCGAGCAAUCUGGGACCUCAUUCUUAAAUAUAAACAAGGUCGUACCAUCCUGCUCUCCACUCACCACAUGGAUGAGGCGGAUUUGCUGGGAGACCGUAUUGCCAUCAUCUCUCAUGGCAAACUCAAGUGCUGCGGUUCCCCCCUUUUCCUCAAGAGCACAUAUGGAGAUGGCUACAAACUUACACUUGUCAAGAAACAGAGUGACUCACACACUGCAGAUCAGUCAAGCCUGUCUCCCGCCUCUUCGAUAUCUCCAUGUUCAGAGAGCAGAGUGACACAGUUCAUCCGUCAGUACGUUGCCUCCUGUCUGCUGGUGUCUGACUCCAACACUGAGCUCUCUUAUGUCCUACCGUCUGAGGCUGUCAGGAAAGGCUGUUUCGAGAGGCUGUUUCAGGCUCUGGAACAGAGUUUGGACAGCUUGGCCUUGACCAGCUUUGGUGUGAUGGACACCACACUGGAGGAGGUCUUUCUGAAGGUAUCAGAAGAAGAUCUGUCACUGGAGAACAGCGAUGCAGAUAUGAAGGACUCUCCUGGUGGAGCAUCAGCUGGGAAGCCCUCUAAUCUGUUAGGAGGGCCGCAGUGUGAGGGGGCACCAGCUGCUGCCGUGAUCCGGCCAGAGAUGGAGCUCAAUAACCUGAUGAUGUGCUCCAGGCUGAGCCCAAGCCAAGCGUCCCUACAAUCCGGUUCUUCUCUGGGCUCAAUAAGAGGGGAUGAAGGGGGCCUUUAUUCUGACUUCUAUGGAGACUAUUGCCCACUAUUUGACAAUGGCCAGGACCCUGAUUCAGCCAGUCUCAGAGAUGAAGAGUCCUCACCGGAGCGGACCAUACAGGAGGGCCAGGGCAGCUUUAAGCUUGAGGGCUGGUGGCUGAAACUCCGGCAGUUUCACGGGCUGAUAGUGAAAAGGUUUCACUGUGCGAAGAGGAACACCAAGGGCAUUUUCUCACAGAUCCUGCUUCCUGCUUUCUUUGUCUGUGUGGCAAUGACUGUAGCUCUAUCUGUGCCUGAGAUUGUGAAUCUGUGCGAUAAGGAUUCUUCCACUCAUUUGUUAUUGCACCUCUCACCUUGCUGUGCUCCCACAGAGAUGGCAACGUCUCCCCCGACUCUGCCCUUGAGCAUCCGGGAGCCAGUACGCUGUAUCUGCUCCAUGCAGGGCACAGGCUUCUCCUGCCCCAGUGGAGUUGGGGGCCGACCGCCCCUCAUGAAGGUAGUAACCGGAGACAUCUUGGUGGACAUCACAGGUCGCAAUGUGUCAGAAUAUAUCCUGUACACCUCUGAUCGUCUCAGAUUACACAGAUAUGGAGGCUUUACUGUAGGAAACAUACAGAAAUGUGUUCCAGCAUCCUUUGGGAGAAAAACUUCACCCAUGGUGCGCAAAAUAGCAGUGAGGCGAUCCUCACAGGUGCUUUACAAUAACAAAGGGUAUCAUAGUAUGCCCACUUACCUAAAUGUCCUGAACAAUGCCAUCCUCAGAGCCAAUCUGCCCAGUAGUAAAGGAAACCCUGCUGCAUACGGCAUCACAGUGACCAAUCAUCCAAUGAACAGAACCAGUGCCAGUCUUUCUUUGGAUUAUCUGCUCCAGGGCACUGAUGUGGUUAUUGCCAUCUUCAUCAUUGUAGCCAUGUCCUUUGUGCCAGCAAGCUUCGUGGUCUUCCUGGUAGCAGAAAAAUCCACCAAAGCCAAACACCUGCAGUUUGUCAGUGGAUGUGACCCUGUCACGUACUGGCUAGCAAACUACAUAUGGGAUAUGCUGAACUACCUGGUUCCAGCAACGUGCUGUGUCCUAAUUUUGUUUGUAUUUGACCUUCCUGCGUACACAUCACCUACAAAUUUCCCAGCAGUGCUCUCUCUCUUCCUCCUUUAUGGCUGGUCUAUAACCCCCAUUAUGUAUCCAGCAUCUUUCUGGUUUGAGGUGCCCAGCACAGCUUAUGUUUUCCUCAUAGUCAUCAAUCUCUUCAUUGGCAUAACAGCCACGGUGGCCACUUUCCUCCUACAGCUGUUCGAGCGUGACAAGGAUCUGAAGUUGGUAAACAGCUAUCUGAAGUCCUGUUUUCUCAUCUUUCCAGUGUACAAGUCUCGCAAGAUGGGCCGGAUCCUGGCGGUGGACCGUUUGUGUCUGGGGGUCCGUCCUGGGGAAUGCUUCGGGCUGCUGGGAGUGAACGGGGCAGGAAAGACCACCACCUUCAAAAUGCUGACAGGAGAUGAGAGCACAACACAUAAAACUCUUAUUCACAUGUUAAAACGCUCUGUGGUGUUGACAUCACACAGUAUGGAGGAGUGUGAAGCCUUGUGUACGAGACUGGGCAUCAUGGUUAACGGCAGGUUCAAGUGUCUGGGUAGCAUCCAGCAUCUCAAAAACAGAUUUGGGGAUGGAUACAUGAUAACAGUACGAACUAAGACCACGGCUAGCAUCAAGGAAGUGAUACGGUUUUUCAACAGGAAUUUUCCAGAGGCCAUCCUAAAGGAGCGGCACCACACAAAGAUUCAGUACCAGCUGAAGUCAGAGAACAUCUCUCUGGCUCAGGUCUUCAGCAAAAUGGAGCAGGUGGUGGAGGUGCUGAGCAUCGAAGAUUAUUCUGUCAGCCAGACAACUUUGGACAACGUCUUUGUCAACUUUGCAAAAAAGCAAAGUGAUAAUUUAGAACAGCAAGAAAGUUCCCCGUCUAGUGCUGGUCAGUCACCACUGCAGCGGCUGCUCAGCAUCCUCAGGCCUCGUCCCACUAACACAGAACUCAACGCCCUCGUAAGUGAAGAGCCAGAAGAACUUGAGAGUGAUGAUGAUGAUGAAGGACUGAUCAGCUUUGAGGAAGAGAGGGUGCAGUUGUCUUUUAAUACAGACACUCUGUGCUGAAACAUCUCACAGACGGAGCGAUGUUAAAAAACAAGCCUCAAGUUCAGACCCGUGUCUGUAUGGUGAAAGACAUUUGUGUGUUUUUUCUAGCCGGAGAGGAUCCGUCUCUCUGGCCCAGCGAGUGGAUUGUUCUUGUUUCCAUUUGCACUUCAGUAGCAGAGGGAGAGAACGGCUCUUCUGGGAACUCUAAACAGAGAUGCGGACACAGUCGGUGCCUGAACUUGAUUGGGCCAGAGAGGUACUCCGACCACGGCCUCCCCUCCUGUGUUUCGGAGAUGAUGGUUUAUGGAAUCAUGUAUUACUGUACUUUAUAUUCAAGCCUGCUGGAUGGGAAUUAAAGAGAAUGUAUUUCUUAGAUACAACCCGGCCGUGUGGUUUAUUUUGGUAUCGCUCGAAAUUUAGAUAUGGUCAUACUAUCUUUAAACUGAUCACAUGUUGAAUCGUUUUAAUUGUAGUGUUGCUGUCGUAACAUAAUCAUCCUUCAAGGAAUAGGACUCGUAUGGGUUCAGCCUUUGCAACUUCUUCUUUUUACGACUGUUUAUCCUCACGUUGAGUUGAAACCAAUCUUUUUUUCUUUACUCGGACCUACUUUGUUUAUUCGUACCUGCAUUGAGAGCAUGCUAUAAAAGACAAGCCUGUUGUGUUGUGGGUUGAAGAAAUUUUACUAUGCUUACGUGUUUUGAACAGACAUGUUGUUCUUGUUGAAGAAUGCAAAUGUACCUGUGCACCAUUUAAGUUUUUAAAUCGGACAUUCAAUAGUGAAUGGCUUGUGACCGAUUCAAAGGCCUUUAGUGGAACCGGACUGAACCAGCCCUGCUGCGGAGAUGUUUAUGUUCUUGUAAGUGAAUGUAAACGACAUAAGAGCUGACUUUUGUCUCCUGAACCAGGGCUUUCUCACUUUUUUUCUUUGAUUGAAUGAAUUCUGAAAUUAAUUGUAAUUGAUAUCGGUGUCUGUCUCAGUGGAAAAUUUAUGUUGCAUUAUUGCUAAGGGUUAAAAGCUGCAUAAUACCAGAUGCCAGUUGAAAGAACUCCUACACCAGAUGUCAGUGGAAAUAUUCAUAAUAAUUGUCGUGCUAUCACUGUGAAGCCAAAGGUGGACUUUGAGUCACUGUAAUUGCAGACAGACAGAAAUCAGGUCAUUGCUCUUGAUUAUUGUAUUAAUGAGAACCCUUGGAUUGUUUAUUGAAUAGCAGGAGGUUUUGACUUUGUUGUUUGCACUGUAAUGUAAUACGAGUGUAAAUGUUUAGUUUUUUUACCAGAAAUUAGUCAAUUAUAUUGUUUGUUUGAAAUGAUGCUUCUCCUUCAUGUCAGUGAUGUACAUGAUGGUUAGGUCCUAUCGCUCAGUGACAGUCUAACCGUGCUUCGGCACUUAGUACUAUAAUGGUCUUAUUUUUCUGACAUUGCUGCGUAAAAGAAUGAUUGAUAUUUUUGAGCUCAAAGAGAGGAAAGCAAAGACUGAUAAGGAGGCCCUCUGGGUUUUUGACAUGUGUAAAUGAAUUGUGACCAGCUAUGUGAAAACUGACCUAAUGAUACUUAUUUACAUAAUGAUCAAAAGUCUCACGUUGAUUAUUAAGGCGACUGGGCCACUUCCAAAUAUAUUUCCUGCUAACGGAGAACCUCAACAGCCUAACUAAAGAUCAGUGCAAGCUGCUUUUCACUUUGGAAAUUUACAGUGCAGUGAUUUAAGACACCAGCAAACAUGAAAGUGGUUCUGUAUCAUAUAAAAUAGCAUUAUGGUUAAGGGGGUGAUUUAGUUUUAUCUUUCUAGUCAGUGCUUUGGAAUGUAACUUCAGUACAUGUGAAUGAGAUUCAAUAUUUAUUAAUGUUUUUUUUUUCAUCCAGUAAUACCUAUGUUCAGGUGGAUUCCCUUGUAAGAAGAUUGACUGGACCUUUUCAGCUUGUUUUCAAUUACUUUUAUCGUUUCCAUAAUCUUGUGCUAACUGGGGUGAACUGAUGUUUUUAAUAUUAACA